GACCACCUGAACCGUGGUGCGGUGUGCGACCGGCGUGAACAACAUACGCGAAAAAACCUGUGCAGUCCAGGGAAAUUCCUUAGUUCAAUAGAUUUUCUAGCGCCAUCGGUUUGUUGUUUUCCCCCCAACGGUCGGGACGUCGGUGACGUCAGCACCCAGUCACACACGCACACUCACUCAAACACACUCACACACGUCCCGCAUACUUCUAGUCCCGCGCAAGUCGGUUUGCAUGACGUCGGUAAUCGCUCGCUCUGCAAAGUCGGUGCUGCAUCAUCAUAUCAAACACGGCCUGCCUGCUACGCGUAUCGGGGUCAAACAGUACGCAAACUUCCGGCCAUCAGUACUACCGCAAGCUAGCAGCGUCACAGGCAUCCGCAGUGUGCCCGCGUGUCCCUUCGGAACCAAGUUUAGCGUAAUGGGAAAGCCAAAGGUUGUGUUCGUUCUGGGUCCACCCGGUUCCGGCAAGGGAACGCAGUGCGAGAAGAUUGUGAAAGAGUUCGGCUACACGCAUCUUUCCGCCGGAGAUUUGUUGCGCGAGGAACGCAACCGGGAGGGAUCCGAGUACGGGGCGCUCAUCGAGGACAACAUCAAGAAUGGACGUAUCGUGCCAGUGGAAAUUACCUGCGCUCUGCUGGAAAAUGCUAUGAACAAAACGAUUCAGGCCACCGGCAACGAUCGAUUCCUGAUCGAUGGAUUCCCCCGCAACGAGGACAAUCUGCAGGGCUGGACGAACAAGAUGGCAGACAAGGUGGAGCAGCAGUUUGUGCUGUUUUUCGAAUGCUCCGAGCAGCAGUGUACCGAGCGGUGUCUGAAGCGGGGCGAAAGCAGCGGCCGUUCGGAUGAUAAUGCGGAAAGUUUGAAGAAGCGGUUCAACACGUACAUCAACGAUACGGUGGCCAUCAUUAAGCAUUAUGAAGCGCUACAGCUGGUGAAGAAAAUCGAUGCGAGCGCCGGGCCGGACGCGGUGUUCGAACACGUGAAAACGCUUUUCGGUGAGCAGAAGUAAGAACAGGACGAUCGUGUCCAAGACCCCCCCGGGACAGACAACCCCGGUCGAACUGAUCGCGCACGCGGCCACUUGCUGGUAAACCCUUUUUGAUUUUAAAGCAACCGUUUUUUUUUCUUAAGCAAACGUCCCGCUUAUGAUGUUUGCCAGAAGCAUUUGGGGGGAAAAAAAGGAUUGUAGAACAUAAAACUCCCCCAAGGCGACGACAAAUCGGUACGACGCUUGCACACACACAGAGAGCGUCCACUUAAAGCUAUCGAGCUGCUACAUUCCUUGAUAUCGAAGCAAAGCAAGUCGCAACCGCAACUGUGCAGCCCGGGCGAAUUAUGUGUGAGCUUAUCGUUUGCAGAUUCCCUUUCCAUCCUACCUUCAAAGUAACAGAUUGCAGACAAUUCUACCGUGUAAUGUAAGCAAAGCAAGCGAGCAAAGUAUUAACUUCCACACCAGACUUGUUCUUGUGGCAGGAAAGGGUCACUAAAGAACCAACCAUAAUACACACACCCUAACCGUUCUUUAGUUUGCAGCGUUUUGUUUUGUUUUAAGUAGUAGUUUUGGGGUUUCCGUUUCCACGUUUUCGCCGUGUUCACAUCCUGUAUUUGCCUUUUACCUCCAUCCACUCGAAUGGUGUCAGCGUAAAUGAAUUUAACCGAUAAUCAAUAGUAGAAAUGUACGAUGGCAUGUUACGAAUAAUACAGGAAUUGGACGCGCAGGUUAGAGAAAGUGCGUCCAAAAUGGA